CUCACCACUGAGCAGAUUACUCAAACAGAGGAAGCCAUGGAUUUCUCAGUAUUUCACAUCUUCCUACUUAUCUUAUUCUCAUCAACUAUCCCUACUACUCUCUCAGACGACCCUCUCUUCUACGUCUACUACGUUUGCUCCAAUGAUUCAAAUUACACCAAAAAUAGCCCUUAUAAAACCAACCUUAACCUUGUCCUCUCCACCCUCUAUUCAGAGAUCUCCUCCACCGGAUUCUCCAACACAAGCAAAGGCCAACCUCCAUACCAAGCCUAUGGCAUGUCCACAUGCAGAGGUGACAUCACCUCAACUACGUGUUCUCAAUGCGUAAACACCUCCAUCCAUGCAAUAACCCAACUUUGCCCACGCCAAAAGAAUGCAGCCAUUUGGUACAACGAUUGCCUGCUACGUUACUCUGACCAGAACUUCUUCUCCAUUGUUGAUACUUCUGUCAAACUUUACAUCCAGAACAAUGCUCAAACAACGGACCCCAAGAGAUUUAGGGUGUUGCUCGGGCAGCUGAUGAAUGGUCUUGCCACUUAUGCUGCCUUUAACUCUACACGCAUGUUUGGGUUCAAAGCUAUUGACUUCACCAGCUCGGUGAAGCUUUAUGGGCUGACACAGUGCACCAGAGACUUGUCUCAAAAGGACUGCUAUGCUUGUCUUGAGAGAAUCAUUAAGAACAUGACUGGUGUAGGGAAGCAAGCUGUCGGGGGGCUCAGUAGAAGUUGUGUUGCUGGAUAUCAGUUUUCUGAGAAUCUCUCUCCUGAUACUGAUCAUGGUGCUGCUGCACCUCCAUCAUCUUCAAUGCCUCCUGUUCCUUCAGUUUUACCUAAUGGAACAUCAAUUGAUAAUAUUAACAGGAAAAACAAGAUUAAAGCAUGUAGCAUUGUCAUCCCCUUGGUUGCUGUUGCUGGGCUUGUUUUUCUCGUUUGCAUGUGUUUUUGGAGGUGGAGAACCAGACGUCUGAAAAAUACAUUUAGUUCAGGACACUCAGAUGAUCGAUUUGAAGCAGAGGUCUGGUAUACUGCCGCCCAAAUUGAUUUAGCCACACUGAAGCGUGCAACAGAUAACUUCUCUGAUGAAAACACGCUUGGAAAAGGUGGAUUUGGAUCAGUUUACAAGGGAAUGCUAGAGGGUGGACAGGAAAUAGCUGUGAAAAGGCUCUCAAGAACGUCUAGGCAAGGACUGCAGGAGCUAAGAAAUGAAGUCAUUUUAGUCGGCAAACUUCACCACAAAAAUCUUGUAAGGUUGCUGGGCUACUGCAUGGAAGAACAAGAGAAGCUGCUUGUCUAUGAAUUCCUUUCCAAUAAUAGUCUGGACAAGUACUUAGCUGAUCCAACUAGAAGAGGAACACUGAACUGGAGAACACGACACAAGAUCAUUCAAGGCACUGGACGAGGACUUCUUUAUCUCCAUCAAGAGUCAAGAGUCAAGAUCAUUCAUCGGGAUCUUAAAGCAAGUAACAUCUUACUAGACAAGGAGAUGAAUCCUAAAAUUUCAGACUUUGGCCUUGCAAAGCUCUUUGACAUGGAUGAAACCCAAGCAAACACCAGAAGAAUCUCAGGAACAUAUGGAUAUAUGGCACCAGAGUAUGCUAUGCAUGGUCAGUUCUCAACUAAAUCAGAUGUGUUCAGCUACGGAGUAUUAGUGUUAGAGAUUGUUACUGGGCGAUUGAACAGUAGUUUUGGUGGAUCUGGGCGUGCACCUAACCUUCUAAGCUUUGUUUGGCAAAACUGGAAUGAGAAGAAGGCAUUAGAGGUGAAGGAUCCAAGCAUAGGUGAUGAGGUCCAGGCUGAAGAAGUUCUGAGAAGUAUUCAAGUAGGUUUGCUCUGUGUUCAAGAGGACAAGGCAGUGAGACCUCGUAUGGCUACGGUGGUUCUCAUGCUUAGUGACUUAAGUGUUACUCUUCCAAAACCUUCAACACCAGCCUUUUUCAUUCGAGGCUGCGCAACCAGUGAGUCGGAGACGCACUAAAGUGUUGAUGGAAUGCACUGGCACUGGCGUUUGGUCUCUCUGUUCUCUGUAUUUUUCGGUUUUAUAUCAUCUCUGUUCUUUGUCUGUGACAUGCCAUGUAACUCUGUAUUUUCUUGCAUAAAAUAAAUUGUAAGUGGAUCAACUGCUGCUGCAUGCUUUUGUUUAAUUUUGUCUUUUUGAUACACCACUUUUAUCAGGACUUGAAGACACUCCAGAAAACAGAGCAUAAAACCAAAAUGCUUUUGGCCUGGUCAGCAUUAAUUUCAUUUGGUAAGAUUGGCUCGUAGAAUUUCAUUGUCUUAGUCCAAAGCGCGUCAGAGCAGUAGUGUGAAAAGGUCCUAGUGUGGAGGAACCUAUCUCCU